GCGACAUGUGCGGUUUGCCAGUUGCAAGAUGGUAGUGGGGCGUCUGGGCUUUGCUGGUCUGCUGGUCGUGGUGCUGCUCGGCCAGCACACUGCCCAGACAGCCAAUAUAUUGGCAGUGUUUACAUACGCAUGGGGUUCAUCGUAUGUGCUGGUUAGACCCUACAUACAGCAGCUGGUGGCGCGUGGACAUCGAGUGACAAUGAUAUCGGCGCCCGUGUCGUACAUGCCGGACAUUGAGGGUGUGCAACACAUACGUGUGGCGAAGCUCAAGGAGCUAACUGAAGACCUGGAAUUCAACGACUAUGAAGCAGCGAUACCCACCAAGUGGUACGAGGCCUCCUUUGUCGCUGAUUACUUUUACAAUUGCUCCAAGGUGAUACUCGAGGAUCCUGCAGUUCGUUCGCUGCUGCACAAUGCCAGUGCCCAGUUCUCGAUGGUGGUGCUGGGUGUGCCACACACGGAUGCUCUGUAUGGCUUUGCCAAGCACUACAAUGCCUCACUGGUGGGCCUUGCAGCAUUUGGUGGCGCUUGGAAUAUUGAUUUUCUGGCUGGUAAUUCCGCGCCCAGUGUCUACGAGCCCAUGUCCGCGAUGGGCUUUACAGCCGGCUUGAGUCUCUUCGAAAAGUGGAUCAAUUUGAUCUUCAUCAGCGAGGAGCGUUUGGUGGAGAGAUUUAUCUACCUGCCACGUCAGCUGGAGCUCUACAAGCGACACUUUGCCGCAGAUUCGAGCAGUCUGCAUGAGAUGCGCCGCAAAUUCUCGCUAAUUCUGCUCAAUCAGCACUUUAGCCUGGGGCGAGUGCGCUCCAAUGUGCCCAAUCUGGUGGAGGUUGGUGGCAUGCAUUUGGCCCAACAGCCCGAUCCUUUGAGCGCGGAACUGCAAAGUUUCUUGGACGGUGCCACCGAUGGAGCCAUCUACUUCUCCAUGGCUUCGGAUAUGCUGGAGAAGUGGUAUCCGCACGACUUUCAUGAAACAAUGCUGACGGCCUUCGGGCAGCUGAAGCAACGCGUUGUCUGGACCACCAAGCGGCGAGAGUCGGAGAUUAAAUCGAAUAAUGUGUACAUGAGACGGAGGCAGCCACAGCGCGAGAUUCUCCAUCAUCCGAAUGUGAAACUAUUCAUCACCCAGGGCGGACUUUUGUCCAUCAUUGAGGCGUCCUACUAUGCCGUGCCCAUGCUCAUGAUGCCCGUCUACUUUGAUCAGCACAAGAAUGCCGAGCGGAUGGAACGUUUGGGCAUUGCCAGGAGUCUGAAUUUGCAUGAACUCACACCCGAGGUGGUGCUCGAGGGGAUACAGGAGAUGCUGCACAAUGCCAGCUAUGCGUCGAAUGCCAAGGAGCUUGCCUUGAGGUUCAGCGAUCAACCCAUGAAGCCCAUGGAGACGGCCAUCUGGUGGACGGAGUAUGUCCUCCGGCACAAGGGUGCCUAUCAUAUGCGCAUCAACGAACAGGACAUGUCCCUCAUGCAGUACUACAGCGUGGAUCUGUUCUCAGUGCUCUUCGGGCGCAUUGGACUCACCGCUCUAAUUGUGGGCUUCCUCGCGUACACCGUGGUCACCAUAGCACUGCGGAGCGCUCACUAUCAAUUCAAACUGAGUAUUCCCGUGGUGUCCUGAUGGGAAAACUAGUUUUCUGUCUGUGCUUGUCUAUAAUUAAUGGCCCUUUCUGAUUGUUCCAGUUAGGUUUACAUAUGUAUAUGUAGCACUGUUAGCAAAACAGUUGACACAAAUCGGUUGUUGGCUCUUGAUAAAUAGCAAAAUUUCCAUGAAUUGUUUGUGGAAAAGAAUGAUAAUGAAAAAAUAUCUUAUCGGCCAAGCGACUAAUGCCAGGGCCGCUCGCAUGUAUUUAGAAUACAAUAAUUUUUACUACAUUUAUAGGUAUUUUAUAUGCUGGUUUCUUAAACUAAAUAUU